UCGUAAAACUACAUGUGCUGUGAUGUUAACCAUUACAUGUCCGAGUCGUAGCCUUAACAUUUACAGUGAUUCCUUGUGUAAAUAACAAAAUGUGGAUCUUGUCCAAAAAAAAUACAACAUAUGCAUAUUGCUUGUAUGCGUUUAAAGUGUUUAAAUUAGCAUAGUCCCCAAAACAACCACAUUAUUUAGGUGAGAGUGAAAAUAAGUAUUUUAGCCUUAAAUCAGACCUGCAUAACUUGUUGUUGUUUGUCAGUUUUGUCCGUAAAAAAUGUUAAUGCUAAUCGAGAACACAGGAAAAUAUAUGGCCAUUGGAAGAUGUUUGAUAUAGCCGAACAAAAUAAAUAAUGCAAUUUAUAAAGUUACUUGAGAUAUAGACGCUAUUUGAGCUUUGAGCUGCUUAGUUUCUUUAAUAUAGUGGUGGUUAAAACGUGUUUUGGUGAACAGCAAUAGUACGGUGCUUACGUGUCCUAUAAAGUACCUCGUAAAAUAAGGCCUCUAAAAACAUACUGUAUCACAGUAUCGUUUUGGGCAACCGAGAAGGGAUUUUCACAGCAGCAGCAGGUUAGGAUACUGUAGCAUUUCUUUGACUCGUCACUUCUUUCUUAUUUUCAGUUUUACAGAAAACAGAUCCAACUUAUACAUUGAUAUUUUUUAGCUUUAAAACUCGAGUUUGUUAUAGGAGAGCGGGUGAGUAUUUAAUGACCAAAGGGAUUGAUUUAUCCUUUAUUGUUCAGCCUUUAUGAUCACGUGUGACUGCUACCCAAUGGCGUGGCAGCUUGUCUCCCCAUUACUAGCCCACUGUAGUUCUCUGUGGGGCCAAGUUGCUACUUGAUUUCUCCACAUUGUUAUUUUGUGAGGCUGGGUUUACUGCGUGUGAAUGUGUGUGUGGUGUGUGUGCGCGUUUUACUUUUUGCAUGUAUCUGUUGUAUGACUGCGUACAUGUAAUUUCUCUGCCAUGUCGACAUCCGGAACACUAACUAGUUACUACGUCGAUUCCCUCAUUCUGCCCGAGAGCGAGGAGCUCUCUGUGCCGCGAUACUCCUCCGGUCCUGGGCUCCAGCACUCCAGGCAACCCGCCUCCAUCAGCGACCACAGUGAGCUCGGGACCUGCACCUUCCCGUCCAAACCUCCGGUAUUUGGACCAUCAUGGAGUCACGUCCCGGCUCAGUUCCCGGGCACCGUUUCGUCUGUGUACCAUCACCACUAUGGGCAUCCUCAAGGCCCGGUCGGUGCUGAUACAGAUAGCCGCUAUCAGUCAUGGCUGCUGGAGCCUAUGUCCGGUUCCCUGCCCAUGGCCGGAUUACCGACGACCCAUCACUACGGAAUCAAACCGGAGGGUCUAGGGGUGCGAGCCGACGGCGCGCUGCCCGGCUCCCAUACAGCGCUGCUGCUCUCCGAUUACGCCAACGGAACCGUAGCGACGGCAUCACCGGGAGAAAAUGACUCGCUGUCCGGCCACGCAGGGGACACAAGCGGAGAAGCUGAAGAGAAACCAGGCCUUGAUCCAAAUAACCCAGUGUCCAACUGGCUCCACGCGAGUGCCACGAGAAAAAAACGCUGUCCGUACACCAAGCACCAGAUCCUGGAGCUGGAGAAAGAAUUCCUCUUUAACACCUACCUGACCAGGGACCGUAGGUAUGAGGUGGCGAGGCUGUUAAACCUCACCGAAAGACAGGUUAAAAUCUGGUUCCAGAACCGCAGGAUGAAGAUGAAGAAGUUUAAUAAAGAUUUUGCACCGAAAGAGAUUGACUGAACCUUUAGACAUUUGGCUGUAAGCGAGCUUUGUGUGUGGAAGCUCUUAACUCUGCUGGACCUUGUUUUUAAACUUCAUUGUCUUAUUGUUCUAUAUAACAUAAGCUAUUAGGCUUAAUUGUCCUGUAAAAAAAAGCAUGUUGGGCUUUAGUUUGAUGCGACUACCUUUAUAUUGCACAAUUUUAACGGUGCACACUCUUUUUGUAUUUGUUCUUUUAUUAUUUUGAUUUUAAUUAAUACCUCGUUAAAGUGUAUUAGUUGGCCUCGUUCCUGUGCUCGUUUGUGAAUGGAUGUUUCUAGCUGUGUGUGUUCUGGUUUGUAGCUAUAUUUGUUGUCUAUCUCAAAGUCACCUGAGCGUAGUUUGUAAAAUGUAUUAAUUUUAUUGUUGUUUCUCCCUUACUGCUUAAAACUAUGACUGAUGACCCUGAGUUUGAAUCUAACAUUGGAGCCGUAUUACUGACUGGUCGCAUUUUGAAGAUAGGUGGGUGAAAAGACCUCAGAAACCUCUUGAAGAUGUUAAAAUGCUAAAUUAAAAAAUGUUAUAGAAGCUAAAUCACGACACGAUUGACUACCUAUGUCUUUCAACUACCUACAAUAACCUUUUUUUUGAUGGCGGAUUAUAGGCUAUAGGUUUGCUUGCAUUAGAUGCUGGAAUUUCAGGGAGUAACAUUUUGGAAGUACAUACUGUUUGUUAGUGAGAUCAAAUUAAAUAAAACACUGUAGGCUACUUAAUGAAUACCUCACGGUCUGCUGACCGUCUGACUUUUGGUUCACAAAUGUAAUUUGUACUUUAUUUAUUAAAUAAAACAAAUUAUAUCUGCGAA